AUGCGAAUCGGCACAGACGCGACAGGCGGUGGAACGGGAGUGGAGAGUGAAGACAACGGCAGCGAUGGACCUUCAUGGACCCUCGUGGCUUCGAAGCGACGGGGAUAUCCCCGGACGCCUCGUGGCGCAGGUCCCGCGUCUGCGGUCUUGUCGCGUUCGUCGCGCCCCGGGCAUUCGUCGGCCGCUCGGCGUCGUCCUGAGCAGGGGCGAAGCGAUCGGCCGCUACGUCCCCGUCGCCCCCCCCGGACGGAAGCGCCGCACCUCGGUUCACCUCCGACUCCUUCCUCUGCUGCCGCGGUGGGCGCGGGGCCCGCCGAGGGCGGGGUGCGUCGCGGCGCGGGCGACACGAACGAGCAGACCGGGAAACUGCGAGAACCUGUCAAAGAGCACUGGCCCGAGCUGGGCGUCGUGGCUCAAGCUGGAGCCUGGGGCGAGCGAGCGCCGCAGCGGACGACCGCCAGUUGGGCGACAGUCGCAGCAGGGUGCCGGGGAGACGCUCGGGCCCCGCCGGGGCAGGCAAUGCGGGCCUGUCCCUCGAGGCCCGUAGGGCGCGAGGCGCCCCGACCAGGCCUGGCUAGGGGCCCAGUCCAAGGCGCGUGGCAGCCGCCUGAUGAGACUGCUCCCCGCAGCGUUUUGCCGAAGGCGAGCAUGCCGCCAGCGAGUUCUGCAGGCCAGGAGAGCAGCCGAGAAGGCCUGGCUCGCUCGAACCAGCCCCAGGCCCCGAGGGCUCUCGGCCCCGCUGUGUCCGUUUGCGUGGGCAUGGGGCGGGGCGCCAGGGGCUGGGGGGUACCCCCAGAGCCGGGGGGCGAGACGCGAGGUGGCCAUCGAGGUGCGGGAGACGGCGAGGGACGCAUGCAGAGCUGCAGCGAGGAGCCUAAACGCGAGACAGCGGGCGCAAGCGAAGCAACCGAACCGAAACCGCACACUGACGCGACUGCCGCGUCGACGGCGCGGCCAGUACCUACAGAGACGAAAGAGAAGGCACCGGAGCUUCGGGACCCGAAGCGGGGAGACGCAGCUGCGAAGCGAGGGCAGGCGAGGAAAGGCGAUGCGAGGAAAAGAGAGACGGAGGAGGCGCGGCUCCAGGGAAAACCCAAGGAAGGAGCGCCGGGCGGGCCACACGACGACAGAGCCGGAGGGAAUCGUAAGGGAGAGACGAAACGCCCGGAGGAUGGUGCGUGCGCAGACGCGCCCGUGGAGGAGGACCCCAAGUCAGUAUCGGGCAAGCGCCCCAAGGCUCACGUCGUUGAAGCGUCGAGUUCUGAAGCCGGCGUGCAGAGCCUUCCCUCCGUGUCUUCCUCGUCGCCUCCGCAGUCGCACCCUGCGCCCGACUCAACGUCCCUUGGUGUGUCCUCCACCGCGCUGCCACUGUUGCCUGGCUGUUGCACCAGAAGCUGUGCGGCCGAGAAUCCUCCCGAGGACCCAGCGCCUCUCGCCGCACCUCGCACGAUGGCGGUGGGAGCGGCCCCCCGGGACUCUGAGAAGGCAGAUGUAUGUACACCCCAGGAAGGAGCAUCUCGAGAGGAGCGGGAGACGGAGGCGGGUCACGCGCAGCCGUCGUCUUGUGAGCGGCGCCGUCGAGAGGCGAGCACGGCCCCUGAUGAGAGAAGAGCGGAGGGAGCGAGGGUGCACGGGAAGGCAGGGACGAAGCCUGAGACGAAGGGGGCUGCGUCUGGGAAAGAGGCAACGUCAGCAGACGGGAGAGGCGACGCGGGCGCGAGUCAGGGCCAGAAAGGCAGAGACGGAGACGGCUCUGCGAGGUCGGCGUCCGAAAGACCUAGCAAAGAGGCGACGCCGGCGCAGGGCGAAUCGCAGAAGGCCCGCGGAGGCCGAAAUGCAGACGAGCAGGAGGCGCAUGCGGCCCCAGAUCGACAGAACGAAGAAACCAAUCGAAGUCAAGACCACAGGGCGCGGGAGUCUCGCUUCAAAUGCCAGUGCAAACAGGGCGACAGCGGAACCGAGGAACAAGGGGAAGAUGAAGUGCGAGCUAUGGAUGCCAUGUACACUCCCGUUAAGAUCCUCCAGCCCGGCUUCUUGUCGUCCGCGUUUCUCGCGGAGCUCCACGACCCCUUGCUUGACUUCUUUCCGCCCUCGCCCCACGCGCCGCUGUCGUCUACGGAAGAGCUCGGCAGUCCCUCAAGCGAGACAGGGGUGGAGCCCAGUGCGGGGAAGAAGGACGACGCCGUCCUCGUCCUCCCGACAGAGUUUCUUUCAGGCAAGAAGCUGCCGGUGUCGCCUGCGCUGCAGAGUCGCCUCGGGCGCCCUGCAGUGUCGUCUCAAGCACAGGCUCAAGCGGCGAAGGCCGAGCACGCGGUGAUCUUCAACCUCCGAAGAUGUCCCUGGAUCAUCACUCUCAGCGUCUCAGGGUCAGGGUUCUGCGCACUCUCUGCCGACGAAAGCGAAGCUGAAGAGCCAGAAGAGACCGAGAAAGAGCCGGCGAAGGUGCGCGGGCUCUCGAAAAGAAGGGCGGCGACGCCUCCGUCCUCUCCGGCUCCGUCGAUGCGACCGCCGCCUUCUCCCGACCGCGCGCCCUCCGGCACGGGCUCCGCACGACUGCCUGAGGCGUCUGCUGGCGCCGCUCAGACGGCAGGGGGUGGCGACGCCGGGCGGCUUUCGCCCAGACAACGGAAGGCCCACGAGACGUGGACAGCCACGCCACAUGCACGGGACCCGCUGUCUCAUUCGUCUCUCUCCACGGCUGCAGACUUCCCGUCCGUCGACGCGUCUCUGUCCUCGCGGCCCCUGUCUCCUUCCUCGUGUCCCUCUGUCCCUGCCUCGUCCUCUGCCUCGCGGUCCCCUGUCUCCUCGCCCGCGCCGGACGGGCCUCCGGCGUCGUGCCUUGCAGCCCAAGAGACGCGAGGGCCCAGGGACCCAGAAAUCCCCCGGCCGAGGUGUCAGCUCUGUCUGGGCGACUGCGAUGUCGAGUGCGUCCGCUAUCUCUUCAGAGUCUUGAGUGAGACGCAGCAGGCCUUCUUCGCAAUCGUCGAUGUGCUGCUGCCUCGGAACUACCCUGCGGCUCCGCCGUACGUCGCAGUGGGCCUCUCCGCCGCCGUGCCUCGGAAAGAACUCGAGCAGCUUCGAAACAGUCUAAGAGAAGAAUACGAAGCAUCCAGGGGUGAGGUGGUCCUCUACCGGCUCUGUCUCCAGCUCCAGUCGUUCAUGGCUGAGCUGUCGAGCACACUCUGCUUCAGCAACUUGUGGGAAGAAAUGCACUUCAAGGAGCGACAAAGACGGCACUUUCUUCUUCGCGAGCAACACAUGAUCCACCGGAACAUGAAGGCACGCCAGGGCCUUCUUUCGCACCCCUUCGGGCCUUCCGGCCUUGUGCAGGACGGUCAGAGUCGUCGCGGCUUCCCGUUCUCCUCUCGCGCUAACCCACGGCUGCUGUAUGGGCACGGUUCCAGCGCCUCGCUCACCGAAAGCUGCGACGGGGUCCUGGACGGGGACCAUCCCGGGAACGAAAGCCCGGUGCCGGGGCACGGAGGCCCCUUCCUUGGAGCCCACGGCUCCAACGGCGACCUUUCGACCGCGGUCGGAGGGAGUGCGCCGGGCCGGAGGGUUUCCAGAGACGACGAACGCGGGGGCGGCCUCGCCGCGAGCACCGGGACUGCGCAUGGGAACCAGUUUGGAGGACGCCUCGCCGCCCUAGAUCGCUUCGGAGAACGGAGAGGAGAAAACGCGUUCACCUUCCAAGCCGCUGUCAAGGCGCGCAUGCGCCAAGUCCUCGACGACAGGAGACAGGAGUUGUUCGACAAAGAAUCUUCGCUGCUCUACUCGCGGAAGGUUGGUUGGGCUGCCGACGACGAGAGCGCGUUCUACUGGGACGACGAGGACGACGAGGACGAGUCUGUGGGCCUUGACCACGAAGAUGACAUUGUCGACAUUCAGUCGAGCUUCUACGCUUCCUCGCCAUCGCAGUCGCGGCGGCGGACUCCGCACCGGCACUGGGUCUCUCAGUUCCGUCGCUGUCGCUCGGCCGCCACGGCCCAGCCGUCUCCGCCUCCCGACGCAUCUGGGCUCCAUUCGGCAGACGCAGAUCCUUCGGAUGGUUCGAGAGGCAAGCACCGACGCGAGGCGCCGCCGACAUUGCAGGCCCCGCCGGGCGCUGCUUCGGAGGCCCGCGGAGACACCCAAAAAACCACGCGCCUGAAGCGCGAGCGGCCGCAAACGAACUCAGCCCGGACUGGUCCCUCGACUUCCGCCGAAACGCAGGAGGCAAAGACAACACACGACGGUGGAGCCCAGACCGCUUCGGGCGCGUUGGGCUCCACCGAGGAGGCCCGCGAAGGCGCCGCGGCGGGCCCGAGUCCCUCGGGCGGAGACAGUCCGGAGACCGGGGCGCCUGCCAAUGGUUUGGUGCCGGAGAGCGCGGCAGCAGCUGGGGGCUCGAGUAGCGGCCGAGGCGGAAGCAGGAGCCGGAGGGGAGGCAGUUUGCGGUCGCUUCUCCUCAGCUCGCAGAGAACAACGAGGUACCAACGCGAUUUCAUUCAGCUCGAGGUCCUCGGCGUUCGAGACCACUAUCGGAUUGCGCUGGUGUACCACAUAAUCGACAAGCACAAAUACAUCGUGAAACAGGUUUUCAUUCCCUGCGGCCCCGUCUCGCCGCUGGCGCGGCAGGCGCCGGCUGGGAGCGAAGGCCAGAGAAGGCGAAAGCAGCUACAAGGUUUAGAACUCGUCGAAAGCGCCCUCCAGCAAGUCACGCUCCUCUGCGCCCUACAACACCCGUACAUUAUGCGCUAUCACCAAGCGUGGACGCAAUACCACGCCACAUCGUCGCCUCUCGUAACGAACAGCCAGGGCGGGGCUCCAGACGACCUGGCCUUGGCCGACUCUCGAGGCGACCCAGAGCCGGAAGUCGACGUGGAACGCGAGGAGCCGUGCAUCGGCGUGUACAUUCAAAUGGAAUUCUGCGAACGAAGCCUCGAAGACGAAAUCGAGAAGCGAACGGUUCUCCACUGGGACUCCCAACAAAUCUGGACCCUCUUCAGACAGACGUUGGAAGCGCUGGUGUACAUACACCGCAACCGGGUGUGCCACGUGUCUCUGAAGCCGUCCAACGUGUUUCUCGAGCCGGACGCCUACGGUUACAAUGUCAAGCUCGGCGAUUUCGGCGUCACGUCUCUGUUCGACAUUGUGCACAACACGCACUCGCCGAUUUCGCGCCUGUACACGGCGCCCGAGCUCCUGAGCACCGCCGACGGAAAGAGUUCUUCGCUGACCAUGCGCGACGCAGACAAGGCGGAUAUGUACUCCCUAGGCGUCUUGUUUGCGGAGAUGUGGGGUCGGCACGAGAUGUUUGGGCGCUCUUGCAGCCGCACCGAGUUCCUCACUUCUCUCGUCAAAGAGCGGAACCUCCAGCAGUUGAACGUUCCUUCUGCUGCAGUCAAAAUCAUCAAGCAACUGCUGUCUCCGAAUCCCGCGGAUCGGCCCUCGUCGAUGACGCUUCUUCAGUCUUCUCUCUUGCCGCCAGCCGUUGAGGAAGAGCUCUUCAAAGCCUUUCUGUUGCGUCUUCGGACGCAGGUCCAGAACCCCUCGUGUGCGUCGCUUCCUCUGCGGGACGCGUCGCCUUCGCCGACGGGCCGGAAGAAAACCGAACCCGCGGCGAAGAAAAGAAAUCUCGACAAAACUCGAAACUCCCUCGCCACUGGUGGCGCGUCCCCAGACGACGCGCAGGCGCAGCGUCGAAACACCGCGCCAGGCCUCGCAGGAGAAGUGCUAAAAAUCUUCUUUCGACGGCAAUUCGACUCCGCCUCAGCAACUCUCUUCUUCAACGACUUCCUUAAGAGAUCUAACACGGCGCCUGAGCCUGAAACGCGGUGUGUCGUCCAGAGGAUUCUUGCCGAGUUCUUCGCCCGAUGUGGCGCAGAUGAGGUUCAGAUUCCGCUCCUCGUUCCCCUUACGAAAGGCCUCGCCGCAUGUGAAGAGGCAAUCAAGCAGACGCCCACGCAUGCGUCCAGUCACCACUCCGAGUCCCUCUCGCUGCUCGACCAGCGGAAUGUGCUGCUGACACUCCCGCGGUUCUUCACCUCGGCGCUGUGUGCAUGCGGCGACGUUGGGGCCUUCCCCCUGUCUCUGCAUUCUUCUUCUCUCACGCCCUCGCCCGAGGCGGCCCUCCUGGCCCUCCAGUCUCCGUCGCCGGCCGCGCCUGUCUCCACCUGUCCCUUCUGCGGGGGACCGUCCCCUGCUUCGGCGUCUCCUCUCUCUUCUCUCUCUUCUUCUUUUGCCCAUUCGACGCUCUUGUCCUCGCCGCCUCUCCCGCUGCCUGGUCGCGCGGGGCGUGCUGGCGACGACGCAGACAAGUGCAGAGACAAACUCGAGGACGCGGAACCUUCCCGCCAAGGACGAGAGUACCGGCGCUUCUGCGUCGGUCACUGCUACACUGCGCCCACCGUGUCGUUCCUCGCGAGCUACGGCCACCCUCUUCCUUACUUUUCGGCGUGCUUCCAGCUGCUCGUCCCUUCGUCCCCUGUCUCCGAGACCUGUCACGGGUCCCCUUCAGACCGUCGAUCGUACAAAACUGUCUCGGCAGCGGAGAAUCCCGUCCGCUCGUCCUCGCCGUCGCGAUCCUCUUCGCGCCUCGUUCUCUCUCCAGAGGAGCAACGGACGGCGCUUGCAGAAGCGGAGAUUCUUUCCGUCUGUGGCGGCGCGCUGAGGGCGGUCCAGACCGCGCUCGCCCUCCCGCUCGGCUGGCGAGUCUCCUGGACCCUCGGCAGUCUCAUGCCUGCGAUCCUCAGAGAAUUUUUCUUCGUCCCGCUUUCUGAUUUGGCGAACGCGAUGGCGCUUCUCCGGCACGCCCGGCCCUCAGAGACAGGGACGGUUCCAGAUUCGGCCCUCCAGAAGGCUGUCGAGAGACUCAUUGAGUACCACUCUGUGUUGCCUUUUGCGGAACGCCCUCGUUUUGCGGAGACGCUCAAGAGCCUGGCGAAGGCUGACGGGGCGUCGGUGCGGGAGGUAGUAGCGCAGCUCUUUUCCGUCUUCUCCGAACUUCACUCGCGCAUGCAAGGCGACGCAGUCCUCUCCAAGCUCUCCCUCCUUCUCUCCCAUCGACCUCUUGCCCCCCGGCCUCUCCUCCUGCAGCUCCUCUCCUCGUCUUCGUCUCUCGCGGCGGCGGGAUCCACCCGGGCGCCGCUGCUCGGCGAGAGACAGGAAGGCGACGCAGGCGCCGCGUCGCGCGACAAGGCGAGUCCGUCGGGGAAGGACGACUCGCGAGAGAAGGCUGACACGCGCGACGAAGACGCUGGCCGAACCUCGGAGGCCUUCCUCGCUGGCGAGGUCGGCAGACUGCUAGUCAGGGCUCUGUACAUUGAAAGGACCAUCGGGAAAUCUGGAGAAGACACUCGUCCCUUUCUCUUCCGCGUCUUCCUCCCUGGCGACUUCAGACCGUUCGACGCGAUGGGUCUUCUCUUCCAAGCCUCCGUGGGAACCGCUCCGUUCCCCAACCCGUCUCCUUCCUUCGCCUCUUCUGCCUCCUCUUCUUCCUCCUCGUCCUCCUCUUCUUCUCAUUUUGAAGGCAUUCCUGUCGGGGAUGGUGGGUUUCUGUUGGCGUGGGCGUGGAGCGGUCAAGAGGCCCGAGGCGGUCGCGCGUCUCGUCACGCUGCGGCGAUUCCUUUCUCUCCGUUUGCGUCUCUUUCUUCCUUGUCGCAAAGGUCUGUGAGUGCCGCGCUGAAGCGGCGAGGCGACGAGAAGGACUGUCCUGCCUGUGCGUCGCCGCCCUCGGGGUUCCACACACUCAGUUUCGAGCUCGCUCUCGAACGCAUUCUCUCCUUUUCUUCGCUGGUCAGACAUCUGCACGGCAUCCCCGCGCUGUGUGAACUGAGUGCGCAUCUGCUACCGUCCUUCACGCUCCCGCUCGGCUUCUCCUCGGAAGCGAACGCGGCGGCUCUGCGACUCGCCGCAACUCUCACCAAAACGGCCGCCGCCCCGCCCGCAGGCGCCGCGACCGAGGCGAUGGCGGAACCGGCACGCGACGGGCUCCUCGAGAGCGAAGACGAAGCCGCCUUGCCGCAGGUGGUGGUCACGGCGCAGAGCGCCAAGCAUCUGCCUCUCGGCUUCUCCCUAGUCUGCAAACUCCUGCGAAGGGGUGUUCGAGCGGAGUUGCGGGUGAGUCCAGUUGUCGAGACAUCUUAUUUCCAGCGGCUGCUUCGGCGUUCUCGCCGUAUUCUCUACCACGUCCAAAUUCAACACCACCGGGCGUCGGUGUCUUCUCAUGCGGCUAUCCCUGCUUCUCACGCAUCCGCUUCACUCUGUCACCACGAGACUGUCUCCGUCGCGGGUGCGCCGCCUGGCUUCUCCUCCGCUCUCGAUCGGUCGCGCGACGUGUCCGCGCCGCUUCCGGCUGCUUCGGCUCCGAGCGGCUGGGGAUCGCGGGAGGCUGCGGCGCUGCUGCGGGGCGAGAGUGGAGUUCACGGGUUAGGCGUCUCGCUCAAAGAGGAGCCUGCCGCUUCCCUUCUCGCGACUGGCGGCGCGUCGGGAGGCGCGGCGCUCGGGCUUUCCUCCUUCCUCGGCGGGGGUCUCUCGGCGCCCCACUCACACCUGGGGCCUUCCGUCGCCGCAGGCGCCUUCGCCGCUCAGAACCACCUCGCGACGGGCGCGCUUUUCCUGCCGCCGCUCGCGUGCGUCCCGGCGGCGUACGUCGUCGAAGAGCUGCAUGCGUCUUGCGCGAACGGCGAGCGCGGCCUCGCGUCGGUCUUCUUCUCCGAGAGAAAGAAGCAGAAACUGUUCAACGAGGGCGCCGUCGUCCAGCUUCUCUGCACGGCCCUCGUCGAGGGAUACAAUGUCGGGGGCGAGAAAGGCAGUGGAGGGAAAAAACAGAAAAAAGGCGGCGCAGGCGAACGCGGCGGAGAAAGCGAGUUUGGAAGACAACCAAAAGGCGGCAAAGAGCGACGGUGA